GUGUUCCUCCCUCCCCGCUUUCGUCAGAUGACGUGCCGGCCCAUUGCCCGGUUCCAUCUGGGCCCGUGUAAAAUAACUCCCUCUGUGUAUCGGGUUUGAGAAUAACAUAACGUCCAGUGCGCUCCAAUGUUUUUUUGCUUAUUGUAUCUCAUUUAUUGUAUAUUUUGGUGAACAUAGCAUUUUGAUACAUCUUCUCAAGUCCUUCUGGACGUCCCUGUUUAGAUUUAUCUGGCGCUCUACAUUUUGCCCUGGAACAGGAACUUGUAUUCACACUUUUUUCACCUUCUAUUUUCCGAGAAUGGCGGCAAAUGAGGGAGAUGAGGCUACUGUUUCUUUGGUAGAUGUUUUGGAAGAAGAUGAAGAGUUGGAGAAUGAGGCAUCUGCUGUUUUAGCUGGUAGUGAUUCUGAGAAGUGUUCCUAUCCCGAGGGCUAUGUUAAGCGACAAGCCCUCUAUGCCUGCAGUACCUGCACACCAAAGGGGGGCCAGCCAGCCGGAGUCUGCCUGGCCUGCUCCUACAAAUGCCAUGAAGGCCAUGACCUUUUUGAGCUCUACACCAAAAGGAAUUUCCGCUGUGACUGUGGAAAUGGCAAGUUUGAAGAGAUGAGGUGCAAGUUAUACUCAGACAAGGAUCCGUUGAACACGGAGAACAAAUACAGCCACAAUUUUGUUGGUCUGUAUUGCACCUGUAACAGGCCAUAUCCAGACCCAGAAGACCCGGUUGAAGAUGAGAUGAUACAGUGCAUUGUCUGUGAGGACUGGCUUCAUGGCAGGCACUUGGGUUGCCCUGUGCCAGAGUGUGUGGAGCUCCAGGAGAUGGUGUGUGAGUCCUGCAUGAACAAUGCUCCUUUCCUGUGGGCCUACGCCACCCAUCUGGCAGUGCCCGCUGCGACCAAAGCCAGCCCCUGCAAAGCAGAAGGGGAGGUGACGAAUGAAGAGGGGGACCGUGAGGAGGGCAAGAACACAACAGAGGAGGCCUCCACGAGCCUCAAUAACCAGGGUGAAGAGAAGGUCAAAUCCAAUGGGGUGCCAGGCUGCAAAAGGAGGCACCAGGAGAUGGAGGGAGGCUCGCCCUCCAAAGCCCCCUCCGAGUGCAGGCUCAUGGAGCUGGGGGGCACAGGUACAGAGAGAGCAGAGUUUGGAGCUGUAUUCUGGCCCUCAGCCUGGAGAACCAAACUCUGUUCCUGUGUCAGCUGCAAGAAAUCCUACGCUGAAGCUGGUAUGUCCUUUCUCCUGGAUGAGUCGGACACGGUCUUAGCCUACGAGAAUAAAGGAAAGACCACAGAACAGGAGCAGGCGGGGACCGCCGAGGGUCGCGACCCCCUGAUGUCGGCCCUUAAUACCCUGGGCCGGGUUCAGCAGCUGGAGAUAAUCCACGGGUACAAUGACAUGAAGACUGAGCUGAAGGAUUUCCUGCAGAGAUUUGCUGCAGAAGGAAAGGUAGUGACUCCCGAAGACAUCCGUCAGUUCUUCCAACAGCAGCAGAACCGCAAGAGACGACGGGCCAACGCGGGCCAGUACUACUGCAGCUGAGCAGUCUCCAUUCAGACAACUCCCGGUCUCCCCCUCUCCACAUUUCCCCAACACAUGUCAGUAUAGUUGUAUUCCUUUUUCUUCUUCCCACUGAAUGUCAUUGCCUUGCGUCCAAUAUCAUCUUCUAGUACAACUCCUCAGAUGUUAUGUUUAAACAAAUAAAAAUGCAGUUAAAAAAAAAAAGGUCUAUUGAACAUUGUAUGAGCUUUUGUGUUAUCUUGUUCUGGGCAGUAUGCUUUGUUGUACUGUACUCGGGACUCUGCAAUGUGAUUUGUCUAUUGAGGCUAAGCAGGUUAAUGAACUGGCAUUUGGUUGAUGUGGAUGAUACUUUGGUUAUCUUUUUCUAGAAGGAAUUAUUAGUCUAUCAUUGCUCACCCUCAAACACUUUUUGUUUAAACUGGAGAGAAAGCCUAAGUUCAGUUUGCCUGACAGCAAGUGUUCCAGACAACAGACAGAGCAGUGACCCCUUGACCUUGUAUUUACCUUUUUAUUUGAAUAAACAUCAAUGGAUUUGCUCUUAAAACUCAUUAGAACAAUGCAUUAUCAAAACUGGUUAAGCUGGUCAUCAUUCCCAUAACACGCUUUCUCUCAACUCAUUCUUUUGACAAUUUAUAAUUUUGUAUUUGUCCUUAGUUGCAAUUUCCUUAGUGCCGUUACAGCUGUUUGUAGAUCGCAUGAUUGCAGAACCCUGGCCCAUUAGUACGGUUGGUAUUUUAAAGGACCACGUUAAAUGUUACCAUUGGUUUCCCUGUUCCUUUUUAAUGUUCACUCUAAGAAAUAAAGCUAUGAAUAAUGUAAA